AUGAAAGAUUCACUGAGCAAGUUGGAGGACGGAAGAGUUCAAGAUCACAUGACGGUUAGGACCAGAUCCAUGUUCUCCAUUAAGAGACAAUGUAUUCGUGUGGCUCUUGCUGAAACUCUCAGCACAUUUGUCAUGAUGCUUUUUGGGCUUGGUUCUGUAGCUCAGGUGGAAACGGGAGACGGGAAGUUCGGCGAGUACCUGAGCAUUAACCUUGGUUUUGGCUUUGGUGUUGCUAUGGGUGCUCAUGUAGGUGGGAAAGUGUCAGGUGCCCACAUGAAUGCGGCUGUGUCUUUCACCAUGUGUGUGUUUGGCCGUUUGGCCUGGAAAAUGCUCCCGCUGUAUGUGAUCACACAGUUUAUCGGUUCUUUCUUGGCGGCUGGAACUGUCUUUUUUGUCUACUAUGAUGCUCUCAUGAACUACAGCGGGGGUAAUUUAACUGUGUCUGGCCCCAAGGCAACAGCUGCAAUCUUUGCCACCUACCCAGCACCCUACAUCUCAAUAAGUACUGGUUUCUUGGACCAGGUUGUUGGCACUGCUAUACUACUGCUGUGUCUUCUGGCUCUGGCGGACAAACGAAACCAGCCUGCUCCCCCUGGUGGUGAGUCUGUGGUCACUGGGCUUCUGGUACUGGUGAUUGGAAUCUCUUUUGGCAGCAACAGUGGCUAUGCCAUAAACCCGACAAGAGACCUAGGCCCAAGAGUCUUCACUGCUCUGGCUGGAUGGGGGCUUGAUGUGUUCCGGGCAGGAAAUAGUUGGUGGUGGGUCCCUUUAUUGGCCCCCUUAGUAGGGGGAGUAACUGGGGCUCUCAUUUAUACGGCAUUUGUCGAGUUUCAUCACCCUCCGUGCAGAGAAGACAGAGAGAAUGAUGACAGAGAAUGUAAUGGAGAGGAGCCGUUUCAGCAAAGCAUCGCGGAGUUCUGA